AUGCCGUCACAUCCUCCAGAAACUCCAGGAGCCAGAUCGGAUUUCACAGUCACGUCCACAGAGAGGGAUCCGGAGUCUGAGCUGGCGCAUCUACCUGCCGAAGACCUGGGAGAGGAUCAAGUGGAGGAUGCAGUUCACUUUUGCCUACUGGCAGAAUUUGACAUUGAUGCAGGUGCAACAUUAGCGCAUCAAUAUCCAUAUCCGACAGGUACAGAUGAGCAUCGACUUGCAGAGCUAAUGUUACCGGAUGGAGCCCAUCUACGGCCUGAAGAUUGGACAAUCUUCUACCUUGGUCAAACGCCUUCUUCAGCCGUUGCUCCAAUGUUGGCUCACGAGAUAUCCUCACCAUCUGGAAGGCCUCUAUCUGCCACUUCAUCGAGCAUACAAGCUUCCAUCAGCGAAUCUGGACCGUCUGACCUAAAACCGAAGCGAGGCGUUGCCGGGGGAGGUCUACUAUACGUUCUUAAUUGUGUCAGGAUGAAGGAGGACAAGAGCGUGAGGAGAGGAGCGAUGGUCAAAGCUUUGGCCAUAUGUACGCCGAAUCCAUAUAUUGGCAUAUACAAGCCCCUACUGCUGCUCGCCCUGGAGGAAUACUUCAUAUCCCCGUCACCCGAGAUACUCGCCAGGCUGUACGAUGCUGCCAACGCUAUACCCAGGUCUCAUAUGCCCAGACUAUCCCGCAACGAACGCAUUCUUUUGCGCAAUACGGAGAGAAGAGAUCUAUUCGAGGACAAAUUCGUGCCAGAACCCACAUCUGGCACUCGGGAAUUCUUCGAGAAUGAAUCCGAGGGGUCCACAUCGUCUCAUCGUGACCAAUCACAGCAAGCCGCUGUUCGCUCGAGUCUGGGCUCAAAGAGGACAAGUCGCCCGGCUUUACCGAUACGUCAUGGCAGUGCGAGUACGAGCUCCCUGCGGCCGAUAUCGACGCCGACAUCUGGGGACGGUAUAUUGAUGCCAGACGUCGUUGACUCCAGGAGGAAGGGUGUUCCGAGAGAUACACACUUCUUCGAGACCGAAGCCCGCUUCCAGAAGAUCUCCGUGCCCAUUCGGAUACCCAUGGCUGUGUUUGAGGAGGACGUGGGAGAUUAUUCCGUCAUUGAGCUUGUGCAGGCGUUUUCUCAUGCCCAUGCAUUCCCGCCGCCUUUUCACCCCUAUCUCCACACAAAUGGUCCGCAAACUCACCCUAUCAUCUUGAUCCUCAAUGCACUACUGGCGAACAAACGAGUCGUCUUCCUAGGCUACGGUCAUCCGGCGAACCAAGUUGCACGAAUGGUCCUGGCUGCCUGUGCCCUGGUAUCGGGAUCAGGACAAGUACUCCGAGGGGUCACUGCAAAUGCUUUCCCCUAUGCCAAUCUGGCCUCCUUGGAUGUUCUGGAAGAAUUCAGCGGCUAUGUUGCAGGCGUAUGCAACCCCCGAUUUGAAGACUUACCGGGGACCUGGGAUGUCUUGUGCAACCUUGAGACUGGAAAGGUCACUGUCAGCAAAAAUCUGCAGAAUGGUGGCGCAGCAACCGCGAAUCAUCUGAUGGGAAGCAUGAAAAGCGCUCGAUCAAGUGAUACUAGUCUGACGGGGAGCAUCGUCAAAGUUGAGGAUGAUCCUCAGGCGGGCACUCCGGCAGCUAAGAUGAAAGAGCACAGUAGGCCGGAUUGCGUCGACAAUCAGUUCAUGGAGGAUAUCCAAUCCGCCAUGGCUGCGCAUUUUGGAGAAGCGCACAUCCGACAGCGAUUCAUAGACUAUAUCUCCCGUUUCGUUCGCCUCGCGUCGUAUCAUGAGUUCAUUCACACUGGUCAAACUCGAAUAGGAUACCGGAGUAUCACCUACAGCGAAGGGCAAUUGGGAAGCGGGACAGUGUUUGCAGAUGAGGCGUCAAAAUCGAGGGAGAUGAGAAGCAACGUUCAUCGUAUAGAAGCUUGGAAGAAGACACGGAGCUACAAAUUAUGUGCGAAGGAUUGGGCCAGACAUAUGAAGACUCGCGCCAUUGGAUUUGAUGUCCAGCACCAGAUCGCGCGUCUUCGUCUGAUCAAGAACAUGACGGACGGAGAGGCGGAAGCCAUCUUCUCAUGCCUCGCUGCCGGAAUCAGGUCGUACGAGCAGGUUGUCGAGCUUCUUACCAUCCUUCCGAGCCAUUGGGGUGGCUUACUACCUAUCGCCAACGGGCUAUUCCACCGAUGGCCCGGUGUCAGAGAGGCUGCUAUUGAGGUACUACAGAACCUUCAGCAAUACAAUAUCGGAAGACAGGCCAUUGGAGCGCUGAAUUACUUCCACCGGAAAGCUUUCCUGCAGCUCCUCGAACGCCGCGAGAUGACGUCGGCUCAACAUCAGCUGGACAGAGCGAAGUAUAAGCGAGACGCAUCGCCGAUAUCGAUCAAUGUUCCUGUAGAUCUGGCAUCUCCGGAUACAGUCCAAGGAGAUAACCUCACGCCUCAAGAGGCUGCAGCCAUGACUUGA